AUGGCACCUAAUUUGAUUUUCCGUCAGCUAUUCGAACCUGUAUCAUGUACCUAUACAUACUUGUUGGGGUGCUUAGUGACUAGGAAAUCGAUAAUAAUAGAUCCUGUGUUGGAAACCGUCGAACGGGAUGUAAAGCUUAUCAGAGAGCUCAAUUUGGAUCCAAUAUAUGGUGCUAACACGCAUGUUCAUGCGGAUCAUAUUACUGGUACUGGCGAAUUGAAGCGUAUUUUUCCACAUAUGCUUUCUGUGUUGUCGAAAUAUGGUAGUGGUCACGCAGAUCUGCGGGUCUGUGAUCGAGAGAUACUGAAGUUUGGCAAUCAAAAUCUAGAAGUUCGUACGACACCAGGGCAUACUAAUGGAUGUGUAACGUAUAUUUCAUAUGAUCAUCGGAUGGCUUUUACGGGAGAUGCACUUCUUAUACGAGGAUGUGGACGCACAGAUUUUCAAGAAGGAAGUCCAGAGGAGUUGUACAAUUCAGUGCACGAGAAAAUCUUCAGUUUACCUGAUGAUUUCAUUCUUUAUCCAGCUCACGACUACAAGACGAAAAAGAAAUUUUAGAAUUGACGGGGAUUUCCACUAUACAAGAAUUAAUCGUUGAUGGAAAAAGCCGAAACUAUAUUACUUUGUUAUAAGAUUAAGAAACAGGUGGGAUCUAAUAAUGAGCGUUAUUCAAUGUUGAUAACUGUAUGAGUGGUAAGGCAUUACACAACCUCCUCUUUUCGCAAGAGUGACAUUUGGCGAGCAACGGUCCAUCGUAUUUAAUUGUUUUGUUUG